GCGCCCUCGCCGACCGGUCCUGGGGCGAGGUCAGCCACCAGCCGAGCCCGGGCUGGAGAGACUCGUCCCCUCCUCGCCCUGAGCACCCUCCACUGGCGCGCCCAGGGGAGAAAGCUCUGCAGCCACCUCCUCUCCCCUCGCAACACUCCCUCUGCGACCCCUGGCCUCGCGCAGACGGAGCUCCGCGAGGGCCAGGGCGCCCCCGGCCUUCCGCGCGGAGCCGGUCCUCGCCGCCGCCCUCCUUCAGCGCCGGUACACAGCCGGGAACCUGUGUAACUGCGGAGGCGCUGUGAGGGGCUGGCGGGCGAAGACAGGGCCGCACCCCCGGCAGAGACGCAGAAGAGAAAGGAGAGGAGCGCGAGAAAGACGUGUCCGGCAGGAUGGAGGGCGCGGCUUGGAGCUGGCGCUGCGAGCGGAGCGGAGGUGCGGGCCGCGGAGCAGAGGCGGCCGGGAGCCAUGGCGGCGGUGGUGACGGCGGCAGCGGCGCGGGCGCGGAUUCUGCAGGUGUCUUCCAAGGUGAACUCGGCCUGGUGCCCAGCACGCUCCUUCUCCUCGUCAGUGCCAACUGUAAAACUCUUCAUUGAUGGGAAAUUUGUUGAAUCCAAAAGUGACAAAUGGAUUGACAUCCACAACCCAGCCACCAAUGAGGUCAUUGGUCGGGUGCCCGAGUCCACCAAGGCCGAAAUGGACGCGGCCGUGGCCUCCUGCAAGCGCGCCUUUCCUGCGUGGGCGGACACGUCCGUGCUGAGCCGGCAGCAGGUCCUGCUCCGCUAUCAACAGCUUAUUAAAGAAAACUUGAAAGAAAUUGCCAGGUUAAUCACAAUGGAACAAGGGAAGACCCUCGCUGAUGCCGAAGGAGAUGUAUUUCGAGGCCUUCAGGUGGUCGAGCACGCCUGCAGUGUGACAUCCCUCAUGCUGGGAGAGACCAUGCCGUCCAUCACCAAAGACAUGGACCUCUAUUCCUACCGCCUGCCCCUGGGGGUGUGUGCAGGCAUCGCUCCGUUUAACUUUCCCGCCAUGAUACCCCUCUGGAUGUUUCCCAUGGCCAUGGUCUGCGGAAACACUUUCCUAAUGAAGCCAUCGGAGCGAGUGCCUGGGGCGAGUAUGCUGCUCGCUAAGUUGCUGCAGGAUUCUGGCGCCCCUGACGGAACACUGAACAUCAUCCAUGGAAAACACGACGCUGUCAAUUUCAUUUGCGAUCACCCGGACAUCAAAGCCAUCAGCUUUGUGGGAUCCAACCAGGCAGGAGAGUACAUCUUCGAGAGAGGGUCCAGACACGGCAAGAGGGUUCAAGCCAACAUGGGAGCCAAAAACCAUGGGGUGGUCAUGCCAGAUGCCAAUAAGGAAAACACCCUCAACCAGCUGGUUGGGGCAGCAUUUGGAGCUGCGGGUCAGCGCUGCAUGGCUCUUUCAACAGCAAUCCUCGUGGGAGAAGCAAAGACGUGGCUGCCGGAGCUGGUGGAGCGUGCCAAAAAACUGAGAGUCAAUGCGGGAGACCAGCCUGGAGCUGAUCUUGGCCCUCUGAUCACCCCCCAGGCCAAAGAGCGAGUCUGCAGUCUGAUUGGUAGCGGACUGAAGGAGGGGGCUUCCAUCCUCCUGGAUGGGCGAAACAUUAAGGUCAAAGGCUAUGAAAACGGUAACUUUGUUGGACCAACCAUCAUCUCAAAUGUCAAGCCAAAUAUGACCUGUUACAAAGAGGAGAUUUUCGGCCCAGUUCUUGUGGUCCUGGAGACAGAAACACUGGAUGACGCCAUUAAGAUUAUAAACGACAACCCAUACGGAAAUGGAACCGCCAUCUUCACCACCAACGGAGCCACUGCUCGGAAGUACUCCCACCUCGUGGACGUCGGACAGGUGGGCGUCAACGUCCCCAUCCCAGUGCCUCUGCCAAUGUUCUCAUUCACCGGCUCUCGAGCUUCCUUCAGAGGAGACACCAAUUUCUACGGCAAACAGGGCAUCCAGUUCUACACACAGCUAAAGACCAUCACUUCUCAGUGGAAAGAAGAGGAUGCUACUCUCUCCUCACCUGCUGUAGUCAUGCCCACCAUGGGCCGCUAGGACGUUUCCCCAAACCUAGUCCCUCCUCCACAGCUUCCCUCAGUCUUGACCAACUUCAUCCACCAGCUUCGUUCAAGUCAGAUCUCAGAUUGGAAUAUGUUCCACUGAACUCUUUCUCAGGACUUGGCCUCUUCAAAACUGCUCUAGGGAGACACCUGGUAUAACACUGACAUCAGAUUGUCACGAGCUUCUCACACUUGUGUUUCUGAGGUAACUGGCCUAACUGUGGAAUGCGCAUCUAGACUGACAGCCUGAAUUGUUUUCUAAAAAUUCUCCCUUGUCUGACAACAUGAAGGCAGAAAGGCCAGUGAAUUUACGGAAGGUCUCAUAAUUAGAAGAAGAACCAGGGUGGGGAAAUAGCAUGGAAGUACAGUUCACCUCUGGCUGAGCCUCAAACACCGCGCGAGCAGUGCCAGCGAGAGAGGCCCUUCGGCCACGUUCCCCAGCACCCCCGCACCCCACAGCAGAUCCCCUUGCCCGUCCCCGUGCUGUGCCAGCUGCCUCUUUCCUUUCUGCUCAGUGCCACUUCGUUGUCCUUGUGAUUCACCAUCACUGUUCAGUGCUGUCCUUGUCCCUACUCCUGAUUCUUACAGUCACUUCUUCAGAAUACCUCAGUAUUCAAUGAAUAAAUCAACUUUUUAUCGUGUGUGCCCACUGUUAAAUUUCAGGGGUGGGUUCAAUCAUUAAUCAGUGCCUCAGCCACUGAUCCAGAUGCAAGUAGUUUUCAUAGUUACUUCAAAACUUAUUUUUUACCUAAAGCACAUCUAACCUGCUAUUAUUUGCAAAAUUCUACAUAUUAUUUUCUCUUGCCUGCAUUUCUCAUUAGGGAUACUUUUUUUCUUUUCAUUAGUGUUGCUUAUUGGGACGUAAGAAAUUUCAGAGCUUUUCAUUAUAGUUAAGAAGUGUUUUAAGAGUCUUCUCUUAAUUCAAGUGCCCUUAUGGUUUUUAUUUCUUUGACAUGGCCAAACUGAAAGUCAGAACAAGAACGGACAUGCUGAACAGAACGGAUUCUGCCUUUUUGCUCCUCCGUCCCAACUCAGUCCCAGCUUUCUGCAUUAGGCGGCUGGAGGCUCUGGUAAUCUCUACUCCUUAGCCACCGGUAUUGGUCACUUGUCGUUGGGCAGCGCUGCCCUUCUCCGUGGGGACCAUUCAGUGAGCUAAGGGUGGUGAAAAACCUUGCGAAGUUGCACUCAACUGUGUAACCAUCACCUGUCGGAUAGUGUCAGGACAAUCUAGUAAGGUGACGAAAACUUAUCAAUAUACUUACGCCUACGCAGUCUGGGGUUUGGUUUUGUUUGGUUUUAGCUUUGGUUUUUUUGCUUCCUAAUGGUGAGGGAAUACAAAUUACAGUUUGAAAAUACAGUACCCCGUUUUAUCUGUUAUAAACACAGCCAGUGUUUAACAAGUUUAGGCUGGGCUGAAUACAAAGUUACUACUGUCGAACUUCUAGAUGGAAAUCAGUAUCAUUACAAUGACACUUAUCAUUUUCUAAAGAUAUUGACCAAUCAGAAUUGUGUUAGUAUAACUGGAAUCGGCUCAUUUGGCUAGCCACUUGCUACUCAGAAGAGUUUGUUUCUUCUUAGAAAAAAAAUCGUACAGGUACAUUCAUAGUAGUACCACCUAAAAAUUCAGCAUUUUAUUUUCUUUUUUGAUCUGACAUGGCCUCAUUUGAACUUUCUCAUAUUCUACAUUGUUCUAAUUAAUAAUGAGUAACAAAUUACAAAUAAAAAGUACUUAAAGGGAAAAAAA